GGGUCACAAAAUGUCCGCUUAGGUCCUCAGGGGACCUUCGACCCACCCAGCUGGGUGGGCCUUAGGUCCCCUGCCCUAAAAAUUAUUAUAAGGCAACAAGGGGCCUAGACGUGACCGGGCGGGCCACGUCCGUCCGGUCGGCCGAACGGCACCUGACCGGGAGUCAGUAGGUCGUGGCCCUCGGAGGUGGUGGCCGCCGGGAAGCGCGCACCCGGGCAACUAAGAAAAAAAAGAUCAGCACGAGCGUGGCACUUCACUGGAGCAGCGCCUCUCUUGCCCACGCUCCCCUCCGGACCCGGUCACGCAGCCGGGGGCCGUCAGCUAGCUCCUGGGAGUAUUCCACGCGGGCGACCGGUCGCAAAGCGUUUAGGGUUUACCGCUAUAAUAGGCAUGCAUGCGGAUUCAAAUAUAUGUUUCCGAUUUAGGGUCCAAGGGUUUUUGUAUGGCCAAUGUGGCGCAAGCGUCAAUGCUCUGGUGGUGUCGGCCCACUGUUACAAUACACGGCGCGACCCCCAGCGAAUCACGACCGGAGCACACACACGGAUACCGAUACCAGCUAGCCGGGGCGCUCAACUAAAGAAAGAAGGUCAUGACGAGUUCGGCCUUUCACGGAAAAAGGGACGACUCUUACCCCUGGUCUGCCCCCGGUGACGCGAGCUUUUAGCCUGUGCUCCCAUCCAACAAAUAAAAAACAGGUCAUGCGUUCGGCCUCUCACGAAAAAAAGGCAUGAAUCCUCCCCCCGUGCUCCCGCCCCGGUCGCGAGGCCGCCGGCUGUCUUGCUCCGGCGGCUCUGCACAUUGAUCCAAUGGGGCGGGGUUUUUUUUUAAAAGAAAGGAGCCCCCCUCUGUACAUAGCUGCUACGGG